GGACGUGGACGUGAACGAACCGAUACGCCGAUAAUAUAGAUAUAAAUUUAUAUAUACCCCAAUUCGAUACAGCUCUAUAUAUACUACAUAGAUAUAUAUACAUAAAUAUCGAAGACAUAUAUGUGGAGGGAGAGCUGGUGUCUGGUCUUAAAGAAAGUUCCUAAUCGAAGUGCGAGUGUCUUUUUUGCUAGUCAAAAAUCGUUUGCAAAGUGAAAGGAGUGAGUGCCGCUGAGGCAUGCGAAUCAAUUUGCGAAAGUUACUAGAAACAUCCACAGAUUGCAGUGCAAAAAUCAAGCAGCAGAGCUAACAGCCAAAGAGCAGGGCCCCGCCCAAGGGCGCCUCGGAUACCUUUAGCCGGAAGCCGAAACCCCUUUCGGAGCAAAAGAAAAGCAGCAAAAGAGCACAAAAUCAGUGAGCAGCCAUGGAGCAAUUUGAGCAGCUGUUGACGUGCUGCGUCUGCCUGGACAGGUAUCGCAUACCGAAGCUGCUGCCAUGUCAGCACUCCUUCUGCAUGGAGCCCUGCAUGGAGGGACUGGUGGACUAUGUGAGACGACAGGUAAAGUGCCCAGAAUGUCGUGCCGAACAUCGCAUACCCUACAAUGGCGUGCAGGCAUUUCCGACGAACGUCACGCUGCAGCGUUUCCUGGAGCUUCAUAUCGAAAUCACUGGAGAGCUUCCCGAUCCGACAUCAGGUCAGAUCAUGGAACGUUGUGGCGUCUGUUCGGAGAAGGCCUAUCUGUCGCAUUGUGCGCACUGCGAGAAAAAGAUUUGCGAGGACUGCAAGAGCGCCCACAUGGACAUACUGCGACGUGAGAUAACGCGCUUCAACUCACAGAUCCGUCGCAGCUUGCAUCGACUGCAGGACUCUCUGGCCAUCAUUGAGAAGAAUACGAUGAGCCUGCAAACGAACGCCAUCAGCGUGACGGAGGAGAUUGACGAGAUCUAUCAGCGCAUCACGAAGGCCAUCAAGGAUCGCUCGGACCAGCUGAAGGGCGAAAUCGAUCGUUAUCUGGCCGUGGAGCUGCGCAAUCUCACAACGCUCAAGGAGAAUCUCGAUCUGGAGAUCACGAACAUCGGCAGCAACUGUGACAUUGUCGACAAGUACAUGAACGAGACGGUCGAGUGGGACGACUGCGAGCUGAUGGACACCAAGGAGAUCUUCCUGAAGACCGUCGAGUUCCUGCGGCACUUUGAGUACGAGAACAACGACUACAGUCGUCGCGUGCGAUUCCUCGUCUCCAUUGAUCCCAAUCAGCUGGUGAUGAACUUGGCCACCUUCGGGGACCUCAACAUUGCGCCACACUCGACGCCGGGCGGCUCGGUGAGCAGCUCCCAUCUGGCACCGCCCAGCGGCCUGCAGCCCGGCCUGAUGCGCUCCAAGAGCGACCAUCGGCUGGCCACGCAGUUCCGGCAGCAGGAGGAGCGCGGUGGCUACAACGACGAGCCCGUGCUCGGCGGCAGGAAGUUCGGGGAGCGGCCACAGCGCAGUGCCACCACCGCCAACAGCGAUCGCUAUGGCGAGGGUAGCCGCUACGGCCGCUCGGACUAUGACUACGAGAACGAUUACGAGAAUGAGUCCACUGGGGGACGGACGGGCAAGUCCUCCCGCUUCCGAUCACGCUUUGUGCGCUCACACCAGAACGACGACUCGGACACGGAACAGCAGCAGCAGCAGCGCCAGCAGGAGCUUAAGGAGCGCAAGGAGCGCGUCCUCGACAGCGAGGAUGUGUCGCGCGGUCAGCUGAGCGGCAUCAUUCGCCUGAGCGACUGCUCCCGCGUCGUGCAGCGCCUCGCCGACAUUGGCAAGGAGAAGAAGUCCGACAAGAAGUCGGAUGCCGCCUGUGCGGCUCAGGCAGCCGUUCAGGCCGCCAUCCAGAACCAAAAGGCGGCCAUGCAGCGCCAACAGCAGAAGCAAUCGGCAGCUGCCGCAGACGAGGAUGAGCUGGCACGUCAGAAGCGUAAGAGUGUGACUGCUGGAGCCGCGGGAGCGGCCACCUCGAGCAGUGAGGCUGUUCCGGAGCAGCGACCCACCAGCGAGCGGCUGGCGAGCCUCAAGACGACACGCGGCGGCGAGGAUAGCGAUGGCAGCGGCUCCAAUCAGGCGGCGGCAUCAUCUCCAGUGCGUACAGCGACAGCAGCGACGCGAGCCGAGACAGCCAGCGCCACAGACUCUGAUGCAAAUCCCACUCCUCCUACCACCCAACAGUCGAAGCCGCCCGUCUCCGCGCAAGUGGCGGCCGUGAAGAAGACCCAGCGUUCGGGCAGCUCGGACAGCAGCGCCUCCACCGAAAGCUCGGCCAGCUCGGGAGCGGCAGCGGCGGCAGCAGCAGUGGCAGCGGCAGCGACUCCCAGCAGCAGUCAGCACAAGGCGCCCAGCACGGCGCGGCAUUCGAGUGCACGGGAUUCGGUGGCCAGCAGCGCUGUGCCGGAGAAGAAGCCCUUCGUUAGCCGCUUCCUGCCGCAGCACAGCAAUCCGCCGAGUGCCUCCAACGGAACGUCCGACAAGAAGAAGGCCGAGUCCAGCUCGAGCAGCGAGGAGGAGACCAGCUCAGAGUCCGAGUCCGAGUCGGAGCCGGAGACGAAGCCCAAGGCGAGCACCAGCAGCACUGCCACUGCCAGCAAGUCCACGCCCAGCAGCGCCUCCAGCUCGACAACGGCGGCGACCAGCGCCGGCAGCAGCUCCACCAGCGGCAGCUCGUACCGCGAUCGCCUGGAAGCCAGACGGGCUUCCCGAGACGACACCGCCCUAGCGUCGCGCAGCAGCUAUGCCACGCCCUCGAGCAGCGGCUAUGGCAGCGCUGGCAGCAGCAGCACCGCCCGCACACGCACCGUGCCCGCGCCCCAUCAUGCCUCAGAGAGCGAGGAUCGUUAUGGCAGCAGCAGCACUGGCACUGGCACUGGCAGCAGCAGCUACACAAGCCGCUUUCUAAACAAGAGCAAGAGCAGCGCCAUUGUAACGCAACCCUCGCUAUCCACGCCCACCGCCUCCUUCGACGAGGACGCCAACGGCACGGGCGACGACUCGGACAGUCGCUAUGGAACGGGCCGCUCCCGCUAUCUGGCCAUGAAGGAGCGCCGCACACGGCUGGCGCGCAGUCGCUCCUCGCAUCAGUUUGGCAACGAGGAUGAAGAUCUGGAUGAGCCGGUAUCCCCCACAACGGUCUCGCCAUCCGCUUACUUGGCUUCAAGAUACAGCGGCUAUGGCAGCAGUGAUCUGUCCCGGAGCCGUUCCUCGCAUGCGCUGAAGUCGCGCGAUAAUUCGCCCAUCACCGAUCGCAGUGCGGGCAGCUCGCGUGCUGGGGCGCUGGGCAGCAGCUCCACGGACAACAAAGAUGGAGAGGCACUGAGCUCGUGGGCGCGCUACCUGAAGAACAAGUAUGGCAGCAAGAGCAGCAAGGACACGCCCAGUGGCAGUGCCGGCAGCGCACGCGACUCGCAUGCCGCCAGCUCAACGGCGGCAUCGUCUUCGCAUGCGCACGGCACUGGCAGCAGCGGCAGUGGUCGCAGCACGGCCAGCGAGGUGUCGCGACGCCUCAGCUUGGGCUUGCCACUGAGGCAGGCCAACGAGCUGGCCUCCUCCGACGACGAUGGGUCAAAAAACGGGCUAGGCUCCCCUACGUCCCCUACGGUAGCAGCAGCAGUGGCAGCAGCCGGUAUAACCGGAGUGGCAGGUACUAUCCCUAAGCAGGUGUAUCUGCGCAAGCGCCAGCAGCUGUUCCAGUUGGGGGGCCGGGGGAGCGAGCCCGGAUCCUUUACGUGGCCGCGCGGCCUAGCCGUCGGUCCCGACAACAGCAUCGUCGUUGCGGACUCCAGCAACCAUCGUGUCCAGGUCUUCGACUCCAAUGGCAUCUUCGUCAAGGAGUUUGGAGAGUAUGGCAGCGGCGAGGGAGAAUUCGAUUGUCUGGCCGGUGUGGCCGUCAAUCGAAUCGGCCAAUACAUCAUUGCCGAUAGAUACAAUCAUCGCAUACAGGUGCUCGAUCCGCAGGGAAGGUUCCUGCGAGCUUUUGGUUCGCAGGGCACCGCAGAUGGCAAAUUCAAUUAUCCCUGGGGAGUGACAACCGAUGCACUCGGCUUCAUUUACGUGUGCGAUAAGGAGAACCACAGAGUGCAGGUUUUCCAAUCCGAUGGUUCCUUCGUUGGCAAAUUUGGUUCCUGCGGCCGUGGCGAAGGACAACUUGAGCAUCCGCAUUAUAUAGCCGUAUCGAAUACGAAUCGUGUGAUUGUUUCCGAUUCGAAUAACCACAGGAUCCAGAUUUUUGAUGUUAACGGCAAGGUUCUGUCCACGGUGGGCGGCGAGGGCUCUGACGAUGGUCAGUUCAAGUUUCCACGCGGUGUGGCGGUGGACGACCAGGGCUAUAUAUUUGUGGCCGAUUCGGGCAAUAAUCGCAUACAGAUCUUCAAUCCGGAUGGCAGCUUCCUGAAGACCUUCGGCUCCUGGGGCUCCGGCGAUUCGGAGUUCAAAGGACUGGAGGGCGUCGCCAUCAUGUCCAAUGGCAACAUCUUGGUCUGCGAUCGCGAGAAUCAUCGUGUUCAAGUCUUCUAAUCAGUCACAACACGUGGCCCCUCUUUGAUUUUGUUUUGUUUAAGUUUCUCAAUUAAUUUAUGAUUUAUUAAUAUUUCCUUCGAGUGCCAAAUAAUUUAAUGCCUUUAUUUCUAUUCAUAGAAAUGUUGUCAAUUAACUAUAAAGCAAAAAGUAAACAACAAAA